CCCAAUCACUACCUGGCCAUUAUGCGCACGUUAGCUGUCUCCACUCAACACUCACUUCCAAUUCCAAUUCCAAUUCCAAUUCCAAAUCCAAAUCCAAAUCCAAAUCAAUCCCUCUUUAUAAUCUCUGCAUUCCAUUUAAUUAAUCUCAAAUCUCAAAUCUCAAAUCCCAAAUCCCAAAUCCCAAAUCCCAAAUCCCAGCUCCUCCCACAGUCCUCUCAGUCCAUGCUUUUGCUUAACAUGCGCUGCGCUGCAAUUCCCUGAAUUUACUCCUCCCCCCACUGCCCCAUUUAAUGGUCCUGCUCUCCUCAUAACUCCUCCCCCUUCUCAUUCACCAGAUCUCAACUCUUCUUCUUCUGUAUGUCAUUUCUGAAUCCUUCCGCUUUCCCAGGCUUUCUCUCCUCCGAUCGCCUCCCACAUUCCUUUCUUCGCUCUUCUUUGCUUCUUAUGUCUCCGUGAUCCAUGCUGUGUGUUGGGUCUUCUUUCGUUUUCUGCUUCGUCUUGCCCUCAGAUGAAUCCUCUCUGCUGCAUUGCUCCCGUUUCUAUUGAUCGGGACCGGGCUAAUCCGGUUGUUGCCAAAUCCCCUUCUCACUGUCAGCUAGGGCUCGAUGCUCCUAUUAAGACCUUGGGCUACGGCUCCAAACCCACCUUUUCCGCUCAGGUCUCCUCGGUUGGGACCGAAUCGGACAAGGUUUCUGUCUCUGUCAACCCUGAGCUGGAAGACUCGGUUACUGAAGCUCGGGAUUCCAAGCUACUUGCGCCCAAUGGUGCUGUCAGUGGCACCGUUGCUGGGAUUUUGUACAAGUGGGUGAACUAUGGGAGGGGUUGGAGGUCCAGAUGGUUCGUGCUGGAAGAUGGGGUGCUUUCUUACUACAAGAUUCACGGCCCCGAUAAAAUUCUGACCAGCCCUGCUAGAGAGAAGGAUGUUAGGGUGAUCGGAGAGGAUUCUUUGAGGUAUAUGAGGAAAGCUAAUUGGGGGGGAAGCGCACGACUCGGGCUCUUGAAGAAGCAAUGCAAACCUUUCGGAGAAGUUCAUUUGAAGGUUUCUUCAGUUCGUGCUAGUAAAUCAGAUGAUAAAAGACUUUCUAUUUUCACUGGAACAAAAACUCUUCACUUGCGGUGCAUAUCGAAGGAAAACAGAGCUGCGUGGAUUGAUGCUUUGCUGUCUGCCAAGGAUCUUUUCCCUAGAGUGUUGAGCAGCAGUGAUUUUCUUCCAUCCCAGGAGGUGGUUGUUUCGACAGAGAAGCUUCGUUCACGAUUAUCACAGGAAGGGAUUGAUGAGACAGUCAUCAAUGACUGUGAAUCUAUCAUGCUCUCUGAACUCUCUGAGAUGCAAAACCAGUUGAAAUCUCUCCAAUACAAGCAUGUUGCUCUAUUAGAAACAUUGAGGCGCUUGGAGACAGAGAAAAUAGAACUGGAAACUACUGUUGUGGAUGAAACAAAGGAACGGGAGUCUUGCUGCGGACAGAAUAGACGAUUCAGUGAUUUCUAUUCUGUUAUGUCGGAGGGAAGUGCAUCUGAUUUUGAUGCAGAAAAUGAGAGUCAAGAUGGAGGUGACGUUGAAACAGAUGAAGAUGAUGGAAUGUAUUUCGAUACCAAGGAUUUUCUAUCUGCAGAAGCUCUGAGAAGUGCCUCCUACAGGAGUAGGGAAUCCUCAGGAAUUGCUUGUGCAUACGAUAGUGGUUUUUACUUCUCUGACCAUCUGUGUGAAGCUGAGAAUCAGAUAAGGAUGGUGAAAUAUCCAUAUGUCAAAAGAAGGGACAGCCUUCCAGACCCGAAGGAGAAAGAGAAGCCUGUUGGCUUGUGGUCGAUUAUCAAAGAUAAUAUUGGAAAGGACUUAUCUGGAGUAUGUCUACCUGUUUACUUUAAUGAGCCACUAUCUUCGUUGCAAAAGUGUUUUGAGGAUUUGGAGUAUUCUUACUUGGUUGAUCAAGCGUUCGAAUGGGGCAAGCAGGGGAAUGACUUGAUGAGAAUUUUAAAGAUUGCUGCUUUUGCUGUUUCUGGCUAUGCUUCUACAGAAGGUCGACAAUGUAAACCAUUUAAUCCUCUACUUGGAGAGACCUACGAAGCUGACUAUCCAGACAAAGGACUUCGUUUUUUCUCAGAAAAAGUAAGUCACCAUCCAAUGAUUGUUGCUUGCCAUUGUGAGGGAAGAGGCUGGAAAUUUUGGGCAGACUCCAAUCUCAAGGGUAAGUUUUGGGGGAGAUCCAUUCAGCUUGAUCCUGUGGGUGCCCUUACCUUGCAGUUUGAGGAUGGGGAGACGUUCCAAUGGAGCAAGGUCACUACUUCAAUUUACAAUAUCAUACUAGGCAAAAUUUACUGUGAUCAUUAUGGCACCAUGCGAAUCAAGGGCAGUGGCAACUACUCCUGCAAGCUUAAGUUCAAGGAACAGUCAAUCAUUGAUCGGAAUCCACAUCAGGUCCAUGGAUUUGUGCAAGAUAAUAGAACUGGAGAGAAGGUAGCACUGUUGGUGGGAAAGUGGGAUGAGGCGAUGUACUAUGUGUUGGGAGACCCAACUACAAAGCCCAAGGGGUAUGAUCCGAUGACAGAAGCUGUAUUGCUCUGGGAAAGAGACAGAUCUGAAACUAAAACAAGAUAUAAUCUCUCCCCCUUUGCAAUAUCCUUGAAUGAACUUACACCUGGUUUGAUGGAGAUACUGCCUCCAACUGACUCGAGGCUUAGACCAGAUCAAAGACAUCUGGAAAACGGAGAAUAUGAGUUGGCAAAUUCUGAGAAGCUUAGACUUGAACAGUUGCAGAGACAGGCCCGGAAGUUGCAGGAGAGAGGUUGGCAACCCAGAUGGUUUCAGAAGGAUGAAGAUGGUUGUUACCGUUAUUUGGGUGGUUAUUGGGAAGCUAGAGACAGAAAGAAUUGGGAAGGAAUUCCUGAUAUAUUUGGGCAACCUACAGAUCCGGUCCCAUGUUCAGGAGAAGAGUAAAGUCCCACCUUGCUCCCUCCAUCCUGCAUAGUUUUUUCUUUUUAGUUCACUUGCCCCUUCUCUUUCUCUCUCUUUUUUUUUUUCCCAUUCUCCAAGUGGGAAUUUUGUUGUAACGUAUUAGCUCCCUCCCAAUUGUAGUAUUAGCAGUAGUAAUAGAGAAGUAAAAUAUUCAAUACUGUACUUGUGUUGGGGGAAAAAAAAACUCUAAUUCAUUGGGCUGCAAAUAUUUGGCCAUUCCCCUUUACAGAAACCUUGGGGAAACGAAAUAUAGCCAUCGACAUCCAUGAUUGCUUGUGUAGAACUAGAACUCCAGUGCGACAUGUCGUUUGAUAUGAAACGACAACAUACUGGUUUAUCAUCCCACUCUCUAAGUCAUAAAUUUUUAAAGGAUUUUUUCCCUUGUA